UAGGUCAAGCAAUGUUUUAAGGCGCCUCUUUAAGCCUUCUGGUAUUCAAACUAUAUAAUCUUAGGGAAAAGUGGUAGGAAGUGUAGAAGUAAAAGAGGAUUCUUUAAUUUUUUAUUUAGCUCCAUCUAUAAAAGAAUCCAUUGUUUCUGUACAAGUUGAAGUUUGUGGGGAAACUCUGAAGACGGCUUGCAGUUUUCUAAAAGCCGGAGACGAAGUGGCCGUGCAGGGGGAGGUAGUGGAAGAGUAUCCGGGAAUAUUAAAAAUUCUUCUAGAUUUGAACAUCAACUGCACGGCGUUAUAUGUUUAUGCAUUCUAUAACCUUUAAAGUUUUAUCAGCUGCAUGCUGGCCUUUUUAAUUAGGCUUACUCUCCUCGAGCUGAAAGAUCGUACUUUUCUAUAGUAAACCGAGACACUAUUCAGAGAAAAAGAAAAAUUUGCACCAAACCGGGAAUAAAGCGUGCAUUUAAAAUUUCCUGUUUGGAAAAGUUAAACCUGGAGGUUGAGAGCAGUCCAGACUAUUCGUAUACUCCGCUUAACGAACUUACAUCGUUACCGGAUAAAUCAGAAGUCAAUGUUUAUGGAGUUGUUUGCUUUAUAAAAGGAAAACCGGAAACUUCAAAGAGUAAAGAGUUUUACGUAUUAAUUUCUAUUGGAGAUGAGUCUUGGGGAUCCGAGCACGGUGUACAAAUAACAAUCUUUAUGAAAGACGAGGCGGCGUUGCCCCGGUUAGUUCUUGGAGACGUUGUACGAAUCCAGAAGGCGACGACUAAAUUCUAUCAGGGAAAACUGCAAUUAAGCCUGAAAAAAGACGACUUCCGUUUUUUAGCCUUCAAUUCAAAACGACUUCGCGUCGAGAUACUCAGAAAGCUUGCGUGGGGUGGUGUACUGGAGAUCCACCACCCGAAGUGCCGCCAGCAAAUUCGCUUCUCCUCAGCCACAAGGGUUGCUGUGUCGGACUACGAUUUCAAGCGUCUUGCUGAAUUGCGGAAGUUUGCAUCUCAGAAGCUGGAGCUCGGAAUCGAGCUUACCUCCCCCCGACCCUACCUGGUCAAGCUGAAGGACCUGCUGCCGCCCUUCGCAAGUGUUACUGUUGUUGCGCAGCUUUGCAACGUUUCUAGCGAGGAAAAGGACUCGUGCGUUCUCGAGAUCAUGGACGGAUCCGUUCCUCCUCACAUAUCGAAGAGCCAAGUUGCCCCCGGACGUGUCCUUGUGCGCGCUCCCGGAUCCACCAAGGAGCAAAUAGCUGCUCUGCUUCACAAAUGGGUCCUUUUUUCCGGCCUGUUUUCCUUACCGGAAAGUGAAGGCGGCGAGUGCAGGGUCGGUCUGAAGGCGUCUCCCCAUGCUUUCUGCCUCCUCUCAGACGACGACGAGGACGUUCAAGAACGCCUGGACGGAUUAUGCCGCCAGGGAUGGCCAUUCGUGUGCCAGCGUAGAAUCGACAUGGCGGCUACUCCCAAUGACGUGACCUCCUUGUGCUCCGUAGUCAGCCACCCGAACAGGAAGAUUUCCCCGCUUUCCCAGAUAUUGCAAGAACACGAGGCGCCCAAUACGUUUCGGUGCAGAGCACGUGUCGUUGCGUUUUUUCCGCGCACUCUGACUGCAUUUACUUUCGCCAAGUGUACUGCCUGCGAGGACGGUGUCGUAUCGCGCCAACAAGGAGCCUGUUUAAAGUGCUUUCGUGAGAAUAACGACCGUAUUGUUUAUGAGUAUUUCUUUGUCCUGCAAGUCACCGAUGGGACGGGAGAAAUCGACAUCAUUGUUGCUAAAAACCACGCGGUCGAAUUUUUAAACGGAUUAUGCCCUGAAAAUCUCUACGACGAUGAAAGUAAAGUCCACGGUUUGGCUGGUAUAUUGGCGUUGGCGUUGAGUGGAGAGUACUUUUUGGAUUUGUGCAUCCAGUCCUACAAAGUUAACGGAAAUAUUAAGUAUCAGCUAGUUAGGACGAAACUCCGUUUACUACUGCAAUUUUAAUGGACGCUCU